AUGCGUUUCGAUCCGGUCGGCCUGUCGCUUCCCAAUCAUUACCCGAUCGCUCGCUCUGCCAUUCCCAUCGGGCGUACUGCUCCGUUCGCGCAGUAUUCCUGCGAAUUCCGUUCCGCAAAUCCCGCUGCUUCUCGCAACGUCCUUUCGCAGUGCAAUCGACCACGCUGCCUACUCAUUCGCCGUUUUCCGCGCUCCCGCAAUCAGAUAACCAUGAGCGCUGACGUGGCGCAGACGGCUGACGUGGCAGAACCCGCUGAUUGGCGGGUGCUGAUCACGUUCGACGUGGACGGCACGCUGAUCCACUCCGUCGGCUCUGAAUCCAAUAAAUUACAUAAGCGCGCGUUCGCGCAUGCGAUGAAGAAGGUGUUCGGCAUCCAAGGCACCAUAGACGCGAUUCAGCAGCGCCACUUUUUCCUUCCCCCGAUCUUUCCCUUCCCUGACUUCUUCACCUUCCCGUAUUUCCGUCUUUCCCUCUCACCCACCUCCCCCUUUUCAGCAACACUUUUUCCUUCCCGCAAUCUUUCCUCUCCCCCCGUUCCCACCCUUUCCCCCCUCAACCCACCCCUCACACCACGGCAGCACGGACCAGGCAGUGCUGAUCAACACGCUCCGGUUCUACAGCCCCUCGAUUUUCCAUCCCCCCUUGAGCACCACAUUUCCCUCCCCCAAUCCCUCCUUCCCCUCUUCCCCCCCGCCCCCCUUUCUCUGUUGAACCCUCCCCCCCUCCCCCGGCAGCACCACGGCAGCACGGACCAGGCAGUGCUGAUCAACACGCUCGAGUUCUACGGCAUUCCCAGACACGUGACGGGCAACCUGGAGGCGAUAGCAUGGCUCAAGAUGGCAGGGCUGGAGGUGGCUUCGCUCUUCACCGCGCCACGCAUUGGAGGGUUCGGGAGCGACCACAUGGAUCGGGGAGAGCUGGUUCGGAUAGCAAGGCAGCGAGCAGAGGAGAGAAUUGCGGGGCCACCCUUUCGCCUGCAUGCACAUGUCGGGGACACAGUAAGAUAUGCAUAA